UUCCUCAUCCAUCCAUGCUUCAACUGGAUCCAUUCACCUAUUUCACACAAUUCUUCUGGUCAUGCCUUUUCCUCUUGACUUUCUAUAUUGCCAUAUGCAAUGAUAGAGACGGAGUACUUGGGAUCAGCAGAAUUCUAAAACUACGAAACCAACUGCUUUCACAUCGGGAGAACAAGAUCCGGAGCAAGGACCCCAAGAGUUUAGAAGAAAUAUUAAGAAAAGGUUUUAGCACUGGUGUAUCCUAUAUGUACUCCAGUUUAUUCGAAGUAUCCCAAUGGUGUAAGGCCGUCGACUUAUUGGGAAAAAGGAGGAAGAUGACUUUGAUCUCUUCUUUCGGAGAAAUAAGUGCCUCACGAGGAAUAGAAAGAAACAUAUUCUAUUUGAUCUCGAAGUCCUCAUAUAGCACUUCUUCCAAUCCUGGAUGGGGGAUCACUUGUAGGAAUGACAUAAUGCUAAUCCAUGUUCCACACGGCCAAGGAAGCAUCACUUUUUAAUCUCAUUAUGACUUGGUUGUUCGGAAGAGAAUUAUUCUCAAUCACAAUAGUGGAAUGAAAGGUUUGAAGACGUGAGACCGGAAUUCAAUUCCACGACUACAAGCGGGAGAGGAAGGGCAAGAAAUUAAAUACUCCUUUUCCAAUCGCCCCGCGAAGACAGACGUUCAGAAAGGUUCUCGAGAUUCUCCAUCGCUCUUUUUAGUGGGGAGGAAUAGUGCGGGAAGGGAGCGAGACCAAGCCGAGCCACUAGGAGAGUAAGCCCUUCCCACGUGUCAAGUUGAAUAAAUGAAUGCAGCCUCAACUUCAAUUGCUUCAGUUGGAGCUGCUGUAGGUAUUGGCAUACUAUUUCUCGCAGUACACAAAUACAGAUCACACCUUCCUUCGCGGGCCGAGGAGCCAGUAGCUCGUCUCGUUUCAGAGUAUGCUCAGGAGAUGGACAUUCAAAAUGUUCCUCUCUUGACUCCGGAACAGUAUCUGGACGAGAUAGCGACUCAACUGGAAUUCAAGUGUUUGAAUUUGUUUGGUAUUCAAACACUUCCCGGGGGUCACUCCUGGAGUGAACUGGCACAAUCUGUCAUUUCUUCAAUAAAUGCUGAUUUGACAGAUCUAUCCACUCUCACCUGUGUGCAUGCCCUCUUAUUAGAGAGCGGCGGGUAUGAUUAUAACUCCAUUAUGACUAAAGCUCUCGAAAUAAUAACCAUGUGGGGCGGCGCUAUUUGUUGAGUUUCGUAAGACUUUCGAAAUAGCCUUGAAUCUUGAGAAUGAGAAUGUAGGGAUUGUUAUUUUCCAAAAAUCUUGCUUAAAAUCAAAGAAAGAAGGUCUAUUUUCCCACGUAGUUCGUCGGUCAAACCAACAAUUCUCUUCUCAAAGUAAUAGUAGAGAGAUCUUUUUCUAGUUAGACUUCUAUCAAUGCAAUGAAAGAACCAUCCCUUCCUAUUUGUUUGUCCUGUCAGAU